AUGACCUCGACGCUACCUGCUCCACCUACGCCUGCACCAAAUGGAGAUGCCUCAACCUCCCCAAUCGCUCGCCAAAUACCUACUAGAGCCGCCUCACUGACGGCCUCACUUCCUCCAGAGGGUUCCAUCUUGACCGGGAAACAAGAGCACUAUUUGAAAAGGGAACUCAUCAGUAGACAGGUUCAUGCAGAGAUACAAGAGCUCAAUACACCUACAGCACUUCAGCGAUUCGGGGCGCCUUUUAGAUCAGACUUUGGAGAAGUGUCUCCCGUCGAUUCCGAGUUGCCCAUUCUUCGUUACAUUUUUGUCAAUCAUGUCCGAAAGUUUCCCUUCCUGGAUCAGGCAAAGGAGAAGGAAUUCUGGCAAAACAAACUGCAAGUGUUCCUGGAAUCAUUUGCUACAAAGAACAUUUCUUCGUCCGAGGAUAGACUGGAAGAGACGAAGCGGAGGAAGUUGGCAGUAAAAUGUGAAAAGCUGGUAGAAUUGAUGAUGGUUUCCGGCAUACCGACAGCAUCAGGCUACGAAGAACGCAUCAGGUUCUCGGAGAUGGAAGUCGUCGACCGAGGCGCCAACGAGCAGGGCUUGCUUAUCAACACGCCUGACGGACAUAUGAUUAACGGGUGGGAUAUCAAUGUUGCAGGGGUCCGAACAACUUCGGUGAAGAGAACCAUACGAUAUCACCAACAUGCUGAAUUCUUGAUCCGAGUCAGGACCCCUGGCAAGGAUGACUUCUACGUAGGAAGAAGAUAUGGUGAAUUCGCAAAGCUUCAUAAGAGACUACGAACAGAGCUCCCUGGCAAGGUUCUGCCGCCGUUGCCUCGGAAGAAUAAGAGCUCGACACAUUCAGCUUUUCUUUCUGUUGGCGGGGCGGCAGACGAUGACGAUUCGUCCAUUUCGUCAGUUUCCACCCAAGACACAAGACACACUGAUGAGACUGGCUCACUUCGCAAUCUGGUCGGGGUUAACCAGAAACGGGUCACCUCGAGAACCUCCUUAGUUGGCAAGUCCUCAAGGGGAAACUCUCCUCGGCCUUCAACAGAUAAUGAUCCAGAAGUCGUCCACUUAUACCGCGAAGAUCAGCGUGUAUCGCUGCGCGCAUUUCUGAGGACGAUACUCCAAAAUCCACAGGUAGCGGAAACAAAAGCGAUUUCCGACUUCCUGACUCUCAGGCCUAUCAAGACGAACGAGGAAGAACUCCUGGAUAUUGAAAGGAGGAAAGAUAUGGAUGCCAAGCGGAUUGAAGAGCAGAAGCGCUUCUACGAGAUUGCUCGGCAACGAGCUCAAGAAUUGGAUGUUUACAUGGAGCAAUUUCGACGAGAUAUUGUGGAAAACAACGGACUGACCAAGCUUUUCCAAGAGAUCCGCACCAAGGAGAAGAUCGAAGAUCUCGAUGUUGAGUAUCAGAAGUUCGCUGAAUGGCUUCGUAUUGAGGUUGCAGCUACCAUUUACCACUUAUUCUUGGCAGAAGACAAUUCUCCUGAGCUUUUUGCGCAAGCGAAAAGGAUACACUCGUUGUUACCAUAUGGGCUGAUGAAGAACGUGAUCCGGAUUGCGAACCCAGCUGCAGUCAUGUCCGGAGUCCUAGAUUUGUUUCUUGCCCAACCUUUUGGUUCUCGAUCAUUAUUGCAAAGAAUCUUAACCAUGACACUCAAUGAUGGCAUCAGGUCUUUUCAGAAAUCAAUCGAUAGCUUGCAGUCAAAGAUUGAUGAUCCGGUGCUUACAGCCAAGCUGAAGCGUUUUGUCGAUGCGGACGAGAAUACCAAGAAUUUCUUGCGAAACGAAGCUAGUGUCGAGGAUGUCGAUCUGGUUGUGGUGAUCCUGCGAUCUGAUCAGUUCCCACCAGAGUUGGCGGCGGAGCAGAUCGGAAAGGUGUUUAAUGCAUACGUUGCUUGGAACAGUGCGAUAGAUAAUGUCGACGAGGAGAUGAAGCAAGGUGCUGAGCUGUUUGCCCACCUAAAGCAACUGUUGAAGUUGCUAACGCGGCAGCGCGACAAGACGAUGAUGCUGAACAUGAUCGAAGAGCCGACAACACUUCAGCUCUUCCGAGACCUCUUUACCAUUUUCUACGAGCCACUAAUUCGAGUUUACAAAUCCGCCAAUGUAUACAACAGUAUUACCGAUUUCGCCGACUUUGCAGGAGAUGCAAUUUCCGUGGUCGAGAGGGCGCAGAUGCAAGACGUUUCGGCAGAUCCAAACCAGACAGUUCAGUCCUUCAUAGAUUUAUGCGCUAGGCAUGAGCACAAUUUUUACAAAUUCGUGCACGAGGUGCAUAUUCACGAUAAUGGUUUAUUUGCGGCGUUGAUGGGAUGGUUAGAAAACAUUCUGGAAUUUCUGAGGCACGGUCCUAAGGGAGGGAAGCUCGACAUGAAUGCAUUGUUUCAGGGAGCUGUGGACAUGGGGCAGAUCAACAAAAACAGAGCGGUAGCCGAGAUUGAUGCUCUGGUAAAAUGGCAAGAAGAGAGAAAGAAAUGGCACAACAACAAAACGCGACAAAAGAUGGCGGCUGAGGGCACAGGUGGACGCGAGUCGAUGCCAGGCAGUGCGACGUUCAAGAGCAGUGACUUUGGACUCAAUGCAAUGGACCUUGAGGAACUCAAGUAUGACGAUGAAGAUGAGGAUGAGUCAACUGACGAGGAAGAAGAACUGGACGGGCUCGACCCAAUCGCAGCCGAGCGGAAACGACGGAUGAAAGCACAGGAUCGGCUAAGACGGACAGCAGGCGAACCUGUAAAACCGCCAGUAUCGGAAGUCCUAAAGCUCCACCCAUCAUUCCUAGCAAUGUUGAGGAUGGUGCUUGCAGAGUAA